AUGUCAACGCCCCUCGAGUUCCCGCCAUCGUUCGUUAGACCUUGGAAAGAGCUACUAUUGUCCCGGCAAAGGGAGCAGCUUGGCGAUCUACCCAACCACCAUGCUCGUGAUCCUGAAUCUCUCAUCACAACAAGCUCACCACAAACACUCUACGUCGGCACAGGCCACUCAAUCUUCACACGCAGCAUACUUCCUGCUAUUCUCGGCGCGAGAUCCUCAGUGCAUUUCGUGACGUGCUAUUGGGCAGCGUCUCCAUCCUUAGAUGCUAUCAGAGACACGCUGCUCCAGUUGGCUGCGUUGCGAAGAGCUGACGGCGGCGCAGCGCGGAGCACGCUACAGAUAACCAUCGGGUUCUCGUCCUGGGGCCUAUUCCAGAAACUUUUCCAUACAUCCUCUAGGGACGGGCAGUUGUAUCCGCCGUCGCAAUGGGGCAAGCUUGGUCUACCCGAUCAGAGGACGCUGGCGAGCGGAGGCAUCCAGCUUACUGUCAAAAGCCUUUUCUUCACGCCCUUCAGUGUUAUGCACCCAAAAUACGUGAUAAUCGAUGGGGAAAGGGCCUUUGUUCCAAGCUGUAAUGUGAGCUGGGAAAGGUGGUUUGAAGGAUGCGUUGAAUUGCAAGGCGAUCUUGUACAGAUACUGAUGGCGUUUCAUGGAAGAGUCUGGGGCACGGGGGUGGACCAAAGCUCUUCUAUUGAAACAGCCGACGGAAGAGAGAGCGGGCCUUAUAUAUCAGAAGGGGACUCACGGACGGUGGACACAGAAAAUAGCGAAACAAUGUUUUCUCCCGAGGACGACAUAUCGGCGAUUAAAUCACUGAGGAUUACCGGCAACGACAAUGUACCCACCAUACUUUUGCCUUCGUCGCAUCAUAGGAACCCAAGAUUCAGCUUCUUCCCCUUCCUGUCCCGUUCAAAUCCACCCAUGACGCCUUUGAAUGCUGCGCUGCUCACACUCUUCAAUAACGCCCGACGUCAAAUCAUAAUCCUGACGCCCAAUGUCACCUCGUGGCCUGUUUUGAAAGCCCUCUUGGACGCACUCAGCCGCGGAGUUGACGUCCAGAUCCGCACCAACAAGGGAAUGAUGCUCCUCGAGCAGCUAGUCACUGCUGGAACUACCACAUCCUGGUGUCUGAGGAAGUUUGUUAGACAAUACCAACAACUCAGGGUUAAGAGCAAGUCCUCCGAUAUUGAAGCGCCGCCAGUACGGCUAGGCCAGCUGGAAAUUUUGUAUUAUAAUGCCGUUCCGCGCAGACGAGGGAUGGAAGAUGAGCCAGUUGUGAGUCAUUUCAAGAUGACAAUGGUAGACCACGAGUACCUCGUGUUAGGAUCAGGUAAUAUGGAUAGAGCAAGUUGGUGGACAAGCCAGGAGCUAGGGUUCUUGUUUUAUGUACCGGGCGUGGAUUGGCACAAACUAUGGGACGGGGUUCUCGAAAAGAGGAUGGAAGUGUAUUAUCGAUCUCGAGAUGAUUAA